CACCAGAGGAAAACUCUUCUGAAGCAGAAAGGAAAGGGAGACCAGUAUUUCUGAAGUGUAAUCUAACACAUUUCAAAUGUGCUCAAUUUGCCUACAAUGGAGAUAAUGCCCUGCUGAAAAGACCAACUCAGACCAGCAUGAAUUUCCGUUCGGAACCCGGCUGCUACAGAAUGACUGCUGAUCUCAAACUUCUCCUCCUUACCAUCUCCAUCCUCUAUGGCCCACUCAACUGCUAUGGCUUCAAAAUUUGUGCCUUUAACAUCCAAAGUUUUGGUGAUUCUAAAUCAGGUGAUCCCAAAAUCAUGAAUUCUGUAUCACGGAUUGUAGCUCGUUGUGACAUAUGCUUGCUCCAGGAGGUCAGAGACCAGAAAAAUAAAGCCAUACCACGCCUGAUUGCUGCACUCAAUGGACUUUCCAGAGAUGGUGAGUAUGACUAUGUGGCAAGUGGGCGUCUCGGGAGAACACAAACCUAUCAGGAGCAAUACGUUUUUGUUUACAGGAAAAGUACAGCCAAGCUGAAAAAUCAGUAUCAGUAUCCAGAUACACAGAAAGGGGACAUGGAUGCUUUCUCCAGAGAACCCUUUGUGGUACAUUUUGAGGCUCCUAAAACAGUGGCCAAGGAGUUUGUCUUGAUCCCACAGCACACCACUCCCUCAAAUGCUACCAAAGAGAUUGACGAACUCUAUGAUGUCUUUAUGGAUAUUAGCGAGCGUUGGAAAAUCAAGAAUGUGAUGUUCCUUGGCGACUUCAAUGCAGCUUGUGGUUAUGUGGCUAAGAAGAACUGGAAGAACAUCAGACUUUUUUCUGAUACCUCUUUCAUUUGGCUCAUUAAAGAUCAUGUGGACACUACAGUGAAACACUCGACUGACUGUGCGUAUGACAGAAUUGUUGUGCAUGGAGAGCCAUUUCUCAGAGCAAUUGAGCCAUUUUCAGCACAGCCAUUCAAUUUUGCCAAGGAAUUCCAUCUAACAGAGGCUCAGGCUCUAGAAGUAAGUGAUCACUACCCCAUUGAGGUGAAACUAAAGAAGACUAGAGAGUCAAGGAUUUUCACAAGAAGCAACAAAGCAUCUCAUCUACUGCCUACAGCCUUUGUCCUCAAUAUAGUAUUGCUCUUUCUGAUAAUAUAAACACAAGCAGAAGUUGAUUUUUCAUCUUGCCUAGAUGAAGACUUUACAUUGCUGUUACACAGCUGCUAUGUACUUGAUCUUAAACCAAGCCACAGCUGCAUCUACACAAUGUGGUGGAUAGUUGCGACUGACAAUUCUUCAUUUUUUAAUAGGCAAUCAAAAUAAUUAUAAUCAUUAGGAAUUUCAGAAUAUCAGUUAUUUCACUUAAUUUAGUGAAGCCACCUCAGGUUGUUUUAUUGUUUUUUUUAAAGUAUAUAAUACAGCUUUAAAAUUCACAUUUGAGGUAUGUCUGUUUAAUUUAUGUUCUCUCAUCCGUGUUUACUUCGUAAUUUUUUUAAUAGUAAAAUUUGCUAAAUAUUUUGAAAAUAUAUUUUACCCGCAAAUGUGUGUACACUAUAGGAUUAUGUAGGGUAAAAUUAACCCUUACACCUCGUCCUAACCGGAUGCAAUGCGAUAAGAUUCAAGCAACAAGCCAUCUGCCUGUCCACACCCGACGCGACACUGUGAUAUUUACUAAAAUGAUGACUGACAAUAAAAUUCAGAAAUCAGAGCAA